AUACUCUCCAGUCUUCUCUCUCAUCCCAGCCACCGGCGUUCGGGGAGAUCCCUUCCCAGUUCCCUCCACAUGCUCCAUUAAUACACGUCACUGCCACCCCGGCCCCCGCCAUGGACCACGACCACCUCAAGGAUCGCCUCCUCCUCCCGUCCUCCCGCGCCGCGGCGGCGGCGAACGGUCCCCACCGCCGCCGCGUCACGCCCGCGGCCGGCUCCCGCGGAGGCGGAGGCGGAGGUGCGGGGGGCGGCGGUGUGGCCAUCGACGUCAACGGCCUGAAGCGGCGCGGCGGCGGGCGGCGCUCGUGGGUGCGCGUGGACGCGGCGACGGGCGCCUCGCAGUCGGUCGAGGUGGCCAAGCCAGCGCUGAUGCGGAGGCUGGACCUCCCCGCGCGCGACCUCCGCCUCCUCGACCCGCUCUUCGUGUACCCCUCCGCCAUCCUGGGGCGCGAGCGCGCCGUAGUCUGCAACCUCGAGCGGAUACGGUGCAUCAUCACCGCUGACGAGGCGCUCAUCCUGCGCGACCCCGACGCCGCGGAGGGUGCCACGGCGGAGGCCGUGCGGAGGUACGUCGACGACCUGCAGCGCCGCCUCGUGGACCGCGCCGACGACCUGCCGUUCGAGUUCAUCGCUCUGGAGGUCGCGCUCGAGGCCGCCUGCUCCUUUCUUGACUCGCAGGCUGUCGAAUUAGAGGCUGAAGCUUAUCCAUUACUAGAUGAGUUGACAACCAAAAUCAGUACCCUCAACUUGGAACGUGUCCGGCGACUAAAGAGCAAGCUGGUUGCAUUGACAAGGAGAGUCCAGAAGGUCAGAGAUGAGAUAGAGCAGCUGAUGGACGACGACGGUGAUAUGGCUGAAAUGUAUCUCACAGAGAAGAAGAGGAGGAUGGAAGCAUCACUGUUAGAUGAUGAGGACCUUCAGGGCAUUGGCAAUAAUCGGUUUGGUUCAUCUCUCUCUGCUCCAGUUUCCCCAGUUUCGUCACCCCCUGCAUCUCGGAUGCUUGAGAAGGAAUUAAGUUUUGCCAGAAGCAGGCAUGACAGCUUCAAGAGCUCAAAUAGCAGUCAGUACAACAUAGAAGAACUGGAAAUGUUGUUGGAGGCUUACUUUGUGGUCAUCGACUACACCCUCAGCAAAUUAACUUCGCUGAAGGAGUAUAUUGAUGAUACAGAGGAUUUCAUCAACAUCCAACUGGAUAACGUCCGAAACCAACUGAUCCAGUUUGAGCUGCUCCUGACCACCGCUACAUUUGUGGUGGCCAUCUUCGGAGUUGUCUCAGGAGUUUUUGGCAUGAACUUUGUGGUCCCUUUGUUCUCGGCGCCACACGCGUUCGAGUGGACCCUCGCCAUAACAGGUGUAUGCGGCGUCGUCAUAUUCUGCUGCUUCCUGUGGUACUUCAAGAAGAGAAGGUUUUUCCCCUUGUAGAUGGAGCUCAGGCCAGAUGUUUUUUCUGUUGUCCUUCCCUUCCAGUUGUCGAUUGCUCUGUGCAGAAAGCGGCAGUGGGAAUUGGUGAGCUCAGGCCAGGUGUUUUUCUGUUAUCUUCUCCUUCCAGUUGUCGAUUGCUCUGUGCAGAAAGCAGCAUUGGAAAUCAGUUACGGCAAUUGUACAUAUUUCUGUUUUUAGUACACACAUUUGUUAUGUGAAAAGUACACACAUAUUUCUCC